AUGGCGUUCACGGUGGCAGAUUACACCGUCUUCGUGCUGCUGCUGGUGCUCUCCUCCGCCAUCGGGCUGUUCUACGCGCUGAGCGGCGGCCGGCAGCGCACGGUGCAGGAGUUCCUGCUGGCCAACCGCAGCAUGAGCUUCCUGCCCGUGGCCCUGUCCUUGCUGGCCACCUUCCAGUCAGCCGUGGCCAUCCUGGGCGUGCCGGCCGAGAUCUACCGUUUCGGCACUGAGUACUGGUUCCUGGGCUGCUGCUACUUCCUGGGCCUCUUGAUCCCGGCACACGUCUUCAUCCCAGUCUUCUACCGCCUCCACCUCACCAGCACUUACGAGUACCUGGAGCUGCGCUUUAACAAGGCUGUGCGUGUGUGUGGCACCGUGACCUUCAUCUUCCAGAUGGUAAUUUACAUGGGGGUUGUUCUCUACGCACCUGCGCUGGCUCUCAAUGCAGUGACUCAGUUUGACCUCUGGGGGGCAGUGCUGACCAUGGGCCUGGUUUGCACCCUUUACACCACCCUGGGCGGGCUGAAGGCCGUCAUAUGGACUGACGUCUUCCAGACACUGGUGAUGUUCGCAGGGCAGCUGGCCGUCAUCGUGGUGGGCACUGUCAAGGUGGGCGGUAUGGGGCGGGUCUGGCAGCUGGCAGCUGAUCAGGGGAAGAUCUCUGGAAUCGACCUCAACCCUGACCCCUUUGAGCGUCACACCUUCUGGACCCUGGCCGUUGGGGGCGUCUUCAUGAUGCUGUCGCUAUACGGCGUGAACCAGGCCCAGGUGCAGCGUUACCUCAGCUCCCGCACCGAGCGGGAGGCCGUCCUCUCCUGCUACGCCGUGUUCCCCUGCCAGCAGGUGGUUCUGUGCCUCAGCUGCCUCACGGGCCUUGUCAUGUUUGCCUAUUACCGGGAGCAUCCGCUCACGGCGGCGCAGAGCCAGGCCUCCUCGGACCAGCUGGUUCUGUACUUCGUCAUGGAUGUCCUGAAGGACCUGCCCGGCCUGCCUGGCCUCUUUGUCGCCUGCCUCUUCAGUGGCUCCCUGAGCACGAUUUCCUCGGCCUUCAACUCCCUGGCCACGGUGACCAUGGAGGACCUGAUCCACCCCUACUUCCCCGGCCUGCAGGAGUCCCGGGCCACGCUGCUCUCCAAGCUGCUGGCUCUCAGUUAUGGUCUGCUCUGCCUGGGGAUGGCCUACCUCUCCUCCAUGAUGGGUCCCAUGCUGCAGGCUGCCAUCAGCAUCUUCGGCAUGGUGGGCGGCCCGCUGCUGGGACUUUUCUGCCUGGGGAUGUUCUUCCCGUGUGCCAACCCCACCGGUGCGAUCGCCGGGCUGGCAGCUGGGCUGGCCAUGGCCUUCUGGAUCGGCAUUGGGAGCCUGGUGUCCAACCUGCGGGCGGCCCCCUCAGUCCCGGCGCUGUCCAACAGCACUGACUUCCCCCAGGCCAGCAGCCUGACCACGGCCAUCGCGACCACCCUGCUGACCUCGACCCCGGCCCCGGCCCCAAAGCGCCUCUCGGGCCUCCAGAAGUUCUACAGCCUGUCGUACAUGUGGUACAGCGCCCACAACUCCUCCACCGUCAUCCUGGUGGGUCUGUUGGUCAGCCUGCUCACGGGCCCCACCAAGGGAGCGACUGUGAACCCGCGCACCAUCUACCCCGUGCUGCCCCGGCUGCUGUGCUGCCUGCCCCAGAGGUACCGGGAGCGGCUCAGCUGUGGGGUCGGCUGCUCCGCGGAGGAUGGCAGCUGGGAGGAGGACGGGAGCUGCGAGGAGCCCGUGCCCUGCGCCCUGGAGAAGACUAGCAAUGGGAUGCUGAACGGCCCUGUCGGGGGCCUGGCCCCUGUGGAGGAGGCGGAAGGCGAGGGCUUUGCCAGGGUGGAGGGCGCUCACACCUACAUCCUGCAGGAGACCUCGCUCUGAACAGGGCCCCAGGCACCAGGGUGGGAGAUGGUGUCCGGCCGCUGGGGGUGGAGCACAAAAGCCACCCUGCGAGCACCAGGCUCGCCCUGGGAACAGCCCUGCUCAGCAUACACAGUGCGAGGGGGCUACUCGUCCCCCAGCUGGGCUGCUCCCCUCCUUGGCCGGGUUCCCUGGCCCCCCCACGCUGUCCCUGCGUGGGGCUCCACGCACACUCAGGCUGCAAAGUACCAAAUGACCCACAGGGGUGUCUGGGGCCCAACCUGCACUACCGGAGCCCGGCUGAUGGGAGUCAGGCCCCGGCCCUGCCUUGCUGGCCACUUGCCCACAUGUGCCCUGGGUGCCAUAGGGGUUAACUCUGUGAUGUGCCAAGCCUGGGGGCGGGGUGGGAACCCCCUGGUUCCCAGGCCUGAGCUGGGCCUUCCUUCCACCGAUGCACCAGGCGAUGCUGUGAGGGGACCAGCCGGCCUUGCGUCGUGGGGGGCCACGUGCCACGGAUCAGGCCCUCGUUUCUAUGUGCUCUAAUCUCUGGAGUCCGUCCAUCUCUGCACAGGUGUCAGCUGCCCAUGGGGGGUGGAGGGGGGGGUCUCUGCAGGACCUCUGGAUCCCCCCACUCAUUGGCUGAGGUCUGGGCUGUCUGCCCCUGGAGCCCAGUGCCAUUGGGCCCUGGGCUCAGGUCAGCUUGUGACAUGGGGGGAGCGAGGCUAGGAGCCAGCCCCUUGGGGCGCUGGCAGGUGGCUGUGUGGGCCCAGCUUGGGCAGCACCCUCCCGCUCUGGUUGGGGGGUGCUGGGAUUCUGCACUGCAGCCUCAUUGCAUGCAGCGGCCCCCAUGCCAGGCUCUGCCCCAGGCUGCGCUUCGUGCUGGGGGCCGUAGGCUGCUCAGGCCCCUGCUCUGGCUGCAGGGGAGAUGAUGGACCAGCUGCAUUCCUGGGGGCUGCAGCUCUGCCCUUGUCACCUGGGCUCAGAGUGGCCAUUCCAGCCCUUCCUGGUGCUGUGCCAUCUUGGGCUCCCCUUCGCCUGGUGCAGAGCCCGGCCUGUGCCCCCCAUGUUACCCCAGGGGUCAGUGACUGUGCUGUAAAGUAGAUUGAUUGGUUCUGAUGCGGGCUGCUGGCUACUCCCAAUUGCCCCAGGCAGGGGUGCUCCAGCUGGGGCAGGGCUGGUGUACGCUGGUUGCCCCUGCUGGGGGUACGUGGGGACACAGCUAUAAUUUGCAAUGGUACCCCCUGCUGGCAGCCCCCUCCACAGCCAAUGUCCCAUGCUUGCAGCCUCCUGCCCCCCACUGCCAGUGCCCCC